AUGCAGGUUUGGGAUAAAAGUGCAGAGUGCCCUGGAAACUGUGAAAAGGUAAAAGAAGCCAUUUUACCCCUGUGGUCCAAUACGAGGAUAUUGUGAGCUUUAAGUUUUCUCAAGAAUCUGACACGGAAUGCAACGUUGAGGGGUUCUCAACAGCUUCAUUAUCCUACGCAUAUUAUGAUUUUGGAACCAACUAUUGCAACCUGAGGAAUCUAAUGGAUGGUUCUGGAAUAUCUGAACAAGAUGGAUAUACCGAGGAGACAAGUGUAGAUGUUUGUAUGCAGCUGGAUACUGCAGAUUGUACUAAAUACUAGGAAAGAAAUCCCUCCGAAUCAAUACGACACGUAUUGUUGACUUGAAAGAGGACAAGAUUUUUCUAUGUUUUACUUCAUUGUGAAAACAAGAUAAAGAUAUCAUCAUGAAUAAAUCGAUUAUCAUAGUA